GCGGUGGUCUGAUGUGUGACUCGACUGUGGACUGCAUUCAACUCGCAUUGCAUUCAACUAUUUCUCUCUCUUUUCUGAUGAACUCGUGUUCAAAACAAUGCGUUAAAUAAGUCCUCAAAAUAUAUCGCAUUUUGUUUUAAUUGUGUUUUAAUUGUCAAACCUUUCGGUCAUAUCAUAUGAAAAUGUUUCACAAACUACUUCUAAUUGUCUUACUAUUGGUGCCCAUAUCUGUGAUUCUUCAGCAGAACGGACUUUCCAACUCUUUCUAUGCAAUGGCUGCGGACGAGCCCAACACUGAAGAGGCGGCCGAUGUCGUGGAGGGCGAAGAGGAGGCCAACGUCGAGGACAGCGAUAUCUUGAAAGCCGGUGAUGACGGCGACGACGACGAUGGCGAGUCUGUGGUGUUGAAGCCAUCGCCAGAUAUCGACACAUUCUUCCUCUUCACAAAACCCGCCCAAAGCUCGUUAGAACUUCCGGCCGGAAAAGAAGUCCACUUUUUGGUUGGUUUCGCCAAUAAGGGCGCCAAAGACUAUGUGGUCGACUCCAUGGACGCCUCCUUCAGAUACGCUCAAGACUUUAGUUUUCACUUACAAAAUUUCACAGCAAUCGCUUACAAUCGUCUGAUUAAACCGAAACAAGAAGUGACUCUCGCCUACCAGUUCUUCGUGAGCGAGGCCUACAGCGCCCGACCCUAUGGUUUCACUGUUAAUCUCUUUUACAGAGACGUUGACGGCAACCAAUACUUGAACGCAGUGUUCAACGAAACCCUAUCUAUCGUCGAAUUGGAUGAAGGAUUAGACGGCGAAACCUUUUUCUUAUAUGUCUUUUUGGCAGCUGUUGUCGUCUUGGUUGCUGUCGCCGCUCAACAAUUCUUCGUCUCAUUCAGCAAAAAACACAUUUCAUCGGCGAAAGCAUCGAAGACGGAGACCGGAACUUCUAAUCCAAAUGAUGUCGACUAUGACUGGUUGCCCGAAGAGACCCUCAACUCACUCAAUAAGUCGCCGAAAGUAAGACAAUCUCCGAGACAGAGACGAGUAAAGCGAGGGACGGGUUCUGCAGAUGACUAGACAUUAGUGCCUAAUAUAUUACUCACGAAAUUAGAAAAAUGUCUGAAAUUAUCUAAAGUAAUAUCCAGUCAUUCGUUACAAAGAAAACGUGUUUUUACUGUCAUUUAAAUCCAAUCACUUAAAUCCAAUCACUUUUUAUGGAUUCAACGAAACCAAUGAAUGCAUUCCAUUUGAAUUGACUUUAUUUUGUUUGUUUUUGUGCCACAAUUACAAUACAUUUUGGUUUUAAUCAUACUCUCGAGGGAUUUGUCAUUACUUGAAAUUAGAUUAGAAUUUAUUGUUUGAAAUAAUCAUUGGAAUUAUUAUAAGGGAAUGAAUUGAUUGAAAUAUAACUCAUAUAUUUACAGUAAAAGUCUAUUCAUAAUAAUAAUGAAUUUCAUAUAAUACACGAGAUUAU